CCUGACGUUAGCCAUAGUGCUGUCUAUCUGGUCUCCGCGGGAUCAGGGGAUGUUCCAGCCCCUUUUUUAGACUCUAUAACUCCCAGCCUUGGUACAAGCAUGGUGGAAGCCGAACACCGCGACAUCCUCAAGCUCACGUUAGCGUCGGCCAGUCUCAUAUGGUACGCCUUCCUGUGGAGUCUCGGUGUGCUCGGUUGCCUCGCAGCUCGCAAGCGAUACAGAUUGCGUCCGCGCUCGCCCCUUGCCUCCGCCCCUGCUUCAUCUGUCCCUGGUGUAUCUAUAUUACGACCCCUCAAAGGGCUCGACACAAACCUCUACGAGAAUCUGGAGUCUACGUUCACCCAAGAAUACAACAACUAUGAGAUAUUCUUUUGUGUCGAUGACGAGGAUGACCAGGCUUUGAGCGUCGUCCGCGACCUAAUGACAAAGUACCCCAGUGUAAAUGCUCACAUUGCCAUACGAAAUGGUGCUACAGUAGGCGUGAACCCAAAGGUCAACAACCUAAUGACAGCUUACAAUCAAACUGCUCACGACAUCCUAUGGGUGCUCGACUCUAACGUCAUGGUCGAUCCCGGCACUCUCGCGCGGUCCGUGGACAUCCUAAACCCGCCCCCCGACGCCCCAAAUCCUCCCCGCCGCCGCAUCGGUGUCGUCCAUCACGUACCCUACGCCUGGGUGACGAAGGACUCCUCCGGCUCCCGGGUCGAAGAGGCCUUCCUGAACACCAACCACGCAAAGAUGUACAUCGCGAUCAACACCGUCGCCGUCGACUCCUGCGUCGUCGGCAAGUCCUGCCUCUACCGCAAGUCCGACCUCGACCGCGUCGACGGCUCGCUCAAGCCCGUCCCACACGCGGACGCGGGCGGCUGCCAGCCGGGCGAGCGCGGCCUCGCGGCGUUCGGGCGCUUCCUCGCCGAGGACAACAUGAUCGCGAGCGCGCUCUGGCACGAGCUCGGCCUGCGCCACGACCUCUCGUGCGACGUCGCGAAGAACGCGGUCGGGAACAUGUCUCUCAUGGACUACGUCGCGCGCCGUAUUCGCUGGGUGCGCGUGCGCAAGCGCAUGGUGCUCGCCGCGACCCUCGCGGAGCCGUUCACCGAGUCCGUGCUCGCAGGCGUCCUUGCUGCAAUAGGCCUCCGAUACCUUACGGGCGUCUCCCCGUGGCUCUUUCUCCCCGUACACUUUCUCGUGUGGCUCUUCGUCGACAUGGAUGUGUUCGCGUCGCUCGCUAGUCACCCGGUCCCGGCGAACAUGCGCUGGCAGUUUCUCGCCGCGUGGGCCGCGCGCGAGCUCAUCGCGCUCCCGAUCUGGUUCAUGGCAAUUGUGGGCAGCGAGGUGGAGUGGCGCGGGAAGCGGUACGAGGUUAUGGAGAACGGCGAGGUGCGCAGGGUGGGCGAGGGCCAGGGUGGGAUCACGGGCUGGUUUUUGCGGUGGGGCAGGAAGACCGCCGACUACUACGAGCCGUUGGAGACGCAAGAAUAGAUUUCUUGCGACCUCGGGGUCUGCAGCGCUGGCUGUGACGACGCGAUGGAUGGAGGACAUAUGAAAUUGGUACGUUC